CCAACCAUCGCCAACACCGUUCAGCCAAGUCCUUGUUUUUAAUUAUUUAUAUAACAGAUUUAUUACAUUUCUUCUUCUACUUUCUUUUCUUUGUCUGCUUCUUGUUCUUACAAAAUCAGAAGAAGGGGGUUUUUAUAUUUUGUUUUUGCAUUUGUCAAGAAGAGGGUUCUUGCUUAAUAAGUAAUUAUUCCCAGAUCAAAAGCUGCAAAUUAAGUAAAGAUGACAGACACUGCAACUGUUAGAACCGUUAUAGGCAUCAUCGGAAAUAUUAUAUCUUUCUGCUUAUUUCUUUCUCCCAUACCGACGAUGAAGAAGAUAUUAAAGCAAAAGGCAGUACAAGAAUUCAAGCCAGACCCAUAUCUAGCAACAGUACUCAACUGUGCAAUGUGGACUUUCUAUGGCUUACCUUAUGUCAAAGAAGAUAGCAUUUUGGUAUCCACAAUCAACGCUAUUGGUUUAGUCAUAGAAUUCAUCUAUGUCGCCAUCUGCUUCAUCUUUUCUCCUAAUAAGAAACGAAGUAAGAUUGCUCUUGUACUGGCUGUUGAAGUACUUAUUAUGAUUGCUGUUGUUAUGAUCUCCAUGGUCCUAUUUAGUUCUCCCAAGACAAGAGCUACAUUUGUUGGGAUUUUGUGUAUUAUCCUCAAUAUUCUUAUGUACGUUUCUCCAUUGACUGUCAUGAAAUUGGUGAUCAAGACAAAAAGCGUCAAGUACAUGCCGCUCAUGCUCUCUCUUGCUAAUUUAGCUAAUGGAAUAAUUUGGGUGAUCUAUGCACUACUUAGAUUCGAUAUCAACAUUGUGCUUCCCAAUGGUUUGGGAGUAAUAUCAGGAGUAAUACAGAUUAUACUGUACGCAACGUAUUACAGAACGACUCGAUGGGACAAUGAUGAUGAAUAUCAUACUGCAAAUGGUAGUUCUGAGGUUCAAAUGGCAUCUAGGGUUUAAUUUCUUUUUUUUUUUUUUUUUAUUAAUUUAACCAUUGAAUUAUGCGCUGUUAUGAACAUAUCUCAGGAUGAAUAAAAGAAAAGAAUUCACAUAGCCGACUCUGACUGGCUUCUAGUUUAAAAUUGAAACUCAGUUAGCUGAUGUAUUGAGUGACAUUAAGUCCCAACUUGCAGUGAAAGGAAAUUCAGAUGUCUCUCUCAUUUCUUCAUUCAAAUUUCAGACAUAAAUAAGAAUAAGACAACAAUUGUAUAAUUGGGCAAA